AUGUGGCUGGAGGACUGGAGGGGCGUUCGAGGUGCCAAGGCUCUUCGUGCACUUGGACCCGCCUUUCGAGCCUCUGCUCUGCCCUCUAUCCUGUUUGCGGUACGCCUGUGCCUGUCUGCCCUCUAUACCUUCACGUUUUGUGGUUUCUUUGCUGUCCGCACUGUAUGUGUGGUCUAUGACACGCCAACCCUCUCUUUCGGUCCAUCUCCUGCCUUGCGCUGCAUGUCCCCCCUGUACAUCUUAUGUAUCCCUAUUUUUCCCUGUGUAUCCCCAUCCGUCCCAUGUGCAUCCCUCUGCAUCCCUGUUCUCUUCUCCUCCCCAUCACAGUUUGAGGGAGUGGAGGCUGGUGCCAGAGGAACGGUACUCCGCCAGCUUGAGGGAGUGCCGGAGGAACGAUACUCUGCCAGAAACAACAAUCCCGCCAUUCCUCAUUGUCGUUCCCACCAUUCCCGUCCCAUGCUUCCCAUUCGCUACGGUGGGGAAGAGGCAGAGCUACAGCGGCUGCAGGAGGCAACAGCAGUCAUGCCAUGCCAUGCAUUCUCUCAUUCUUUUACAUGCUUCCCAUGUCCCAUUCGUCCCAUUGAGCGUUGCGUGGGAGCUGGUGUCGCUAGUGGCUGUGGUUCAAGGGAUCAUGCUGCUGCCAACGCACGUGGUGAUACUGAGGGGGGUCGAGUUACUACGACUGAUAAAGUUGGUGCUGCACUUGCCAACGGAGGCUCGGUAGAGAAGAGUGCAGUUGAGGCUGUGGUGGGGAGGACAGCUGAUCACACCAACCACGCCACACGCGCCACUCCUGUCACCCAUGCCAUGCCUGUUGUUUGUGCUGCUAAUGCAGUUGCUGCUUCUGGUUCUGUUGCUGCUGUUGUGGGAGAAGGAAGGGGCAAUGCGGCAGGUGGGGCGGUGGAUUGUGAGGGAGGGACGGAAGCGGAGAGGACGGGCGGUGCACAUUCAUGGGAGAGAGGUGGUGUGAGGGAGGGGGGUGGAGGAGAGGUGGAGGGGGGUGUGUUGAGAAGUGUGAGAAUACAGAAGUCUGGGGCAGUUGAUGCAGGCUGUGAGGUGCACAGGAGACGAGCGGGAGGUUGGGAGGGCUCUGGGAAGGCAGUUGAGCACGUGGUGAGAGAACAUGGUGGUGCUAUGAGGCGAGAGGAGGGAGUGGGAGAGGCGGAGGGGGGACGAGAGGGAGGGGAGGGAGUGGGAGAGGCGGGCUGGGGACCAGAGGGAGGUGGGGUGGGGUCUGGGAAGGUAGAUGAACAGGUGGGGAGAGACUGUGGAGGUGGUAUGAGGCGAGAGGAGGGAGUGGGAGAGGCGGGUAGAGGAGAGGAAUGGAGGGUGGUGGAGCGUGUGGAGGGGGAGGAGGAGCGUAAUGAGGUUAUGAAGGAAGAGGGGGAGGAAGAAGAGGAAGGGGAAGAGAGAGGAGAUGAGGAAGGAGAGGAGCAGGGGGAAGCGCAAGGGGAGGAGCAAGGGGAGGAGCAAGGGGAGGAGCAAGGGGAGGAGCAAGGGGAGGAGCAAGGGGAGGAGCAAGGGGAGGAGGUGCUUUGUGGGCAAGAGGACAUGGAGGAUGCGGAAACUGAGGAGGAGAGAGAGGAGGGAGAGGAGGUGGAGAGAGAGGAGGGAGAGGAGGAGGAGGGGGAGGAGCGAGGGGAAGAGUGGUGUGAGAAAGGGAAGGAAGGAGAGGAGAUGGGACAGGGGGACAUGUGGGAGCAACUAGAUGACGUGGAAACUGGGGAGGGCUGGGAAGGCCGAGUGAGGCAUGGUGGGGAGGGCGAGGGGUGUGAGGCCGGGGAGCAGUCGCCUGGUGCAGAGGGCGUAGUUGUGAACCUCCGGGGCGUCUUUGAUGCUGUGAGCGAGGCGACAGACAGUGGUGUGACAGGUGGUGUGGCAGGUGGUGUGGCAGGUGGUGUGGCAGGUGGUGUGGCAGGUGGUGUGGCAGGUGGUGUGGCAGGUGGUGUGACAGGUGGUGUGGCAGGUGGUGUGGCAGGUGGUGUGGCAGGUGGUGAUGAAGUCAAACGCAUGCCCGGAGUGGGCCAAACAGCGCCGCCGGCAGCAGCUGCAGCAGCAAGUGGUGCUGCCAUGGCAGAGUUUGCUGCGGUCAGUGCUGCCGCCAGUGCUGCGCUGAUUACAGGUGGUCAUCACCUGGGCAUGAACUUGGCUACAGCCGAGCGUGCUACAGCCGAGCGUGCCAAAACAGCCGAGCGUGCUACAGCCGAGCUUGCUACAGCCGAGCGUGUCACAGCUGGAGUGAUGAGUCCACUGCAGGCAAGUGGGCAAGGAACUGCUGCUGCUGACGUGGCGGAUGCAGCUGGUGACGUGGCUAGCAUGGCAGGUGGCCUGGCUGACGUGGCAACUGGCACUGGGAAUGGGCAAGUUUCAGUGCCCGAGAGAAUAUUGCAAACCAAUGCUUACCAGCAGCAGCGGCAGCAGCAGCAGCACGAAGAACAAGAGGAUCGACCUGGUCAAACAGCAGCAGUACCUUUGCCAACCGAGCUGCCCUCACAGUCUCUGCGCUUGACUGGCAUGCAUGCGGGGAUAGGCAUGGCAAUGGAUAUGGGCGGACUGAGCUGCAGCUCCGGCCGUGCUGCUUCUGCUGGUAGGUGCGUGGGGGGUGGCAAUCCGGGGGGGGCUCUGGUGAGUGGUGGUGAGCUGGGAGGCAGCAGCGCUCUUGCUGGUGGGAGGCUGGGAGUAGCAGAACAGAGAGGCGGCAGUGGGGAAACGAGGGUUGGUGCGGUGCAGAGGGGUACAGGUGGCAGUGACGAUGGCAGUGAUGCGAUGGUGGUGGGAGGAGGGAAGGACGGUGAUGUAAUGGGAGAGGAGGAGGGUGAUGCAACGGGAGAGGGGAGUGAGGAUGGUGCAGUGGAAGGGGGGAAUGACGAGGGUGUUGCGUUGAGAGGAGGGGGCGGGGGUGGUGCAUCGGAAGGAGGGACUGAGGGGGAAUCAGGCGGUGUGAGGGCAGGCUGUGGUAUUGAAGGGAGAGGUAGAAAUGGAGGGUGGUGGAGUCGUGUGGGGGGGAACAGUGAUGGGGGAAAUGCGAGGGAAGAUGGAGAGAGUGAGGCUGAUGCUGUUUGUGAUAAACUUGUUGACAAGCCUGUUCAUUGUGGUAAUGAUGGUAAUGAAGCAGAUAGUAGCAGCGAGGAUGGGGCUUGUGCUGGCAAAGGCAAGGAAAACGAGGAUGCUUGUAAGGGAGAUGGGGAUGGGGACGGGCCGACGGUCUCCUCUCUUCCUGAUUGGCUGCAGGGCGAUGUGGUCAUUGGCCACGUGGCUCCCUCCCCAUUGGUCAAAACCUUCCACCGGAGAAGGCCGGCAGGAGGGAAGGAGAAUGUUGGGAAGGCGGAUCUUGAUCUUGAGAAGGAAGUGAGUGGGAAGGGGUUGGUAAAGGGUGAGGGCAGUGACAAGGGGAAGAAAGGGGGACGAGGAAGGGGGAGAGAGGGAUGCAGGGGACGCGGCAGAGGUGUGGAGAGGAAGAAGGAUGGGCCGCUGCCGUUGAUGGUAGAGGGCGGAGAGGAAGGGGAGCUGGGGGAGAGUGCGAAGGCAGAGCAAGAGGUGAGGGAUAGCGGAAGGAAGAAGCGGAAGGGGAGUGAGCGACGAGAGGGGAAUAGGUGGAGGGAUGAGGAGGAGGUGGACGGGAGGGAGGUGGAGGAAGGGGAGGUUUGGAUGGGUGAGAUGAAUGAAGGGGUGAGAUGCGGUGGAGAGGGACGGGGGGAGUUGGGGGGCGGUGCGGCAGCUGGGGAAGAGAAUGUGCGUAGGAUUGGCGAGGAGAGGGAGAGGGCAAGGGAGUUGAGAACUAAACGCCGAGAAGAUCCGUUGAGAUAUGGGAAGCAGCGGGAAGAGAAUAGAGCGGAACGAAGGAUGGUGUGUGCAGUGGACGAGCUGGGGGGUGAAGAUGUGAGAGGGCUGCAGCAGCAGGAGCAACAGGGCGACUUAGAUGCUGAAAGGAGCGAGGGCGGAUGGGAGGAAGAAGGUGAGAGAGAGCAGCAGCAGCAGCAGCAGCAGCAGAGGGUUUUGAAGCGCCUCAAGAGGGUAAAGCAGCAGCAAGAGGCAAAUGGAGAUGCAGAGGGUAGGGAGGGCGAGGGAGAAGAGGUGAAGGGGAAAGGUAGGGGCGGUAGAGGCAAGGCAGAUGUUGCUGCUGCUGCUGCUGCUGCUGCUGCUGCAAAGCGGAGGAAAAAUGAGUCUGGGACGGCUGGAGACACGCGGGGUGGGAAGAAGAAGUGUGUUGAGAGUGGCAGAAGCGAGGGACAACGCAGACGCGCAGAAGACAGGGAAAAGGGAGGGAAUAAUAAUGAGGAGGGCAUGGAGGCAUGGAUGGAGGCUGAUGCGAUAGGUGGUUAUAAUGAGGUAGAGGUGGGGGGGGAGAGUGAUGAAGAGUUAGGAGUUGCGGGAGAGAGUGAUAAUGCCGUUGUGGUAGUGCAUGGGGAGGAGAGUGAUCAUGAGGUCGGGAUAUUGCAGGGAGGCGGGGAGGACGCUGAGGGUAGGGAGGACAUUGUGAGAGAGGAGGACGUUCACGGUGAGGAGGAAGGGUUGGGUGAAAAUUCACGCAAAAGAGAACUUGCUGCUGCAGCUGUGGACGGGGCUGGUGUGGGUGCAAGGGCCGAAGCUGCUGGGACUGGUAGGAAGAGGGGCCGGAAGCGGGCAGAGGAGGGCAGUGGUAGGGGUGUGAAGAGCAGAGGAAGGAAGAGAGUGAGUGGGAGCUCGGGAGGAGAGGAAGAGGAGAGCGCAGAGAAGAAAGACUACCUCACAGCCAGUGCAGCAGCAGGUCGUUUCCUCCUGGAGGGCCCUUACAAGUGGCGGGGCGAGGGCGGCAACAGGGACGGCACUAACUCACCCUCGCCCUCUCAUCGCCUUUCUGUCUAUAUGCCCUCCAUCCACCCCAGGUGGGUGCUCACACCAGACUACCUCACAGCGAGCGCCACAGUGGGCCAUUUCCUUCCCGAGGGCUCCUAUGAGUGGCGGGGUGAGGGCAGCAACCGGGACGGCACGGUGGAGCUGGCAGCGCCUGGAAAAUGGCGACAACAGUGUGGCAGGAAUGGGGGCCGAGGAGCUUUUCACGGGGCGCGGGUGUUGCUUGUGCCUCCAUCUGACAGCCCAAAUUCCAUGGUACGUACGUGUAGUGAACGGGAGGUGCUAAGUCCGUUGAGUUGUGCCUGCCUGCACUGCGAGAGGGACGGGGUGAGAGGGACGACCGGGAGGGCUUUUGAGACGUCUCAAAAGUCGUCUAUCAGUGGCGGGGCGAGGGCAGCAUCAGGGACGGCAUGGUGGAGCUCGCAGCGCAGCGCGUGGCAAAUGGCGACAGCAGUGCAGCAGGAACAGGGGGAGAGGGGCGUUUCAUGCUGCGCGGGUGGUGCUGGUGCCUCCAUCUUACAGCCCCUCCUCUAUGGUAUGGUACGCACGUGA